AUGUGUUUUGUGGAUUUGGAGAAAGCGUUCGACUGCAUCCCUCAGGGUGCCUUGUGGAAGUACGGAGUGCUGUGUGCUCGAAUCUGCAUGUUCUACAGCAGCUUGUUUCUGGCCGGCUGGCCGCUGUGUCCGCAGGCGGCUCGACUCCGCUGCGGCUCCGAGCUCCUCGCCGACCUCCUCUUCGUGUGUGGAGACCGAGGGAUCUACCUAGGUAAAGGGUCCUGGUCCGGGUACGGCGCUCGGCCCAGAGGGAAGGGGAUCGUGGACCAGUGCUGCAGAGCCUCCGGGUGUGAUCUUCAACAUCUGGAGAUGUACUGCGCAAAACCAAAGAGCCUGAAGCACAGCACAGCUCCUCCACCGACAACCACAACGCCUGACAGCAGGACACAGCCGGACAUGUUUGAAGCUGUGCUCCAGAAGAGACUGCUGGAGCACCUGGGGCCCCCCGGCAGCUCCAGGAGGGAGGCUCACGUCCAGAGAACCAGGCCUGCGAAGCCAAGCCCGUGGAAAAGCAGGUGGUCCCCGUCUGGCAGGAGGGAGCGAGCUCAGAGGCCCCCCGGCCGGCGGCCUGCAGCCCCAGUCGGACCCGAGUGA